AGUGAACUGUCAAGCUGAGAAGAUCAACCAAGAUUUGAGCUGUGAAUACAGAGAAGCCAUAAGACUCUUCAUAUCUCCUCGGAGCAAAAUCUUCACGUUAGAGCCCGAACAUAACUUCGCAGGUCCCGCGUAGUGCGCACGUCGGCGGUCACGUGACGCUGAGACACUAUAAAUACUGACUGAACCAUUGCAUCGGUCUCUUUUCCACUGAAAGUUAGGAUCGAGAACGACGUGAUGCCCGAGUCGGCUCCUGCAUACAACGGUCUCGCCAACGGCGGUGGGGAAGGAUUAAAAGAGUGUACAGACAGGGAGACAUUCCUGUUCACCAGUGAAAGUGUUGGAGAAGGCCAUCCAGAUAAAAUAUGUGACCAGGUCAGUGAUGCUGUUUUGGAUGCCCAUCUUGCUCAGGAUCCAGAUGCUAAGGUUGCAUGCGAGACAUGCACAAAGACUGGUAUGAUCCUUAUCUGUGGUGAAAUUACGUCAAAAGCAGUUGUUGAUUAUCAAAAAAUUGUAAGGGAAACCAUAAAAAAGAUUGGCUAUGAUGAUUCCAGCAAAGGUUUUGACUACAAGACUUGCAACGUCUUGUUGGCCCUGGAACAACAGUGUGUGGAAAUAGCUAAUGGGGUUCACGUUGGGCGCAGCGACGACGAGAUAGGGGCAGGUGACCAGGGUUUGAUGUUUGGUUAUGCCACUGAUGAAACCGAGGAAUGUAUGCCUCUCACAGUUACCCUGUCUCACCGUCUGAACCAAAAAAUUGCUGAGCUUCGUAGAGAUGGUACAUUCUGGUGGGCAAGACCAGAUAGCAAGACUCAGAUCACUGCAGAAUAUUACUUUGAUCAAGGUGCAGCCAUCCCCAUUCGUGUUGACACAGUUGUGGUUUCUUGCCAGCACUCUGAGAAGGUGACCCUAGAUGUUGUUCAAAAAGAAAUUAUGGAGAAAGCCAUUAAGGCAGUCAUCCCAGAAAACUACUUGGAUGAAAACACCAAAUAUCACAUUAACCCCUGUGGAGAAUUUAUCAUUGGUGGACCUCAGGGUGAUGCUGGCCUCACUGGCAGAAAAAUCAUUGUUGACACAUAUGGUGGAUGGGGUGCACAUGGAGGUGGGGCAUUCUCUGGUAAGGACUACACCAAGGUCGAUCGCUCUGCUGCAUAUGCUGCUAGAUGGGUUGCAAAGUCACUUGUUAAAGGAGGAUUGUGCAAGCGUUGUCUAGUUCAGGUUUCGUAUGCCAUUGGUGUUGCAGAGCCAGUCAGCAUCUGUAUUUUCCACUAUGGCACAUCACAGUACACAUCCCAACAGCUGUUAAAAAUUGUAAAGCACAAUUUUGAUCUACGCCCAGGCAGGAUUGUUAAGGAACUGGGUUUGAAAAGACCAAUUUACAGCGAAACUUCCUGCUAUGGACACUUUGGCCGUGAUCAGUUCCCAUGGGAGCAGCAAAAACAACUGACUAUUCCUAAACUCUAGAAAUAUUUGCUUUUAUGUAUAUAAUUAACCUCCAUUUUUUUAAGUUAUAAAACGUACACAAAAGCCACCCCUGCCUAACUGCAUUUCGGCCUAGCUAGGCAAGAGUGGCUUCUCAUGUAAUCAUUUAGUGACCAAUGCCAGUCUGCACAUUUUACUUUAUAUUUACCUGCAUUGUUGUUAGUUUGUGAGUGCGCUCCACGUUGUAUCAGGCAGGCACUUGGGCUCGUGUGUUCUUGUGCUUUACAGUGAUGAUUGGUUAUGGUUGGGGUGCCAGGUGUGUCCCUUUAACCUGGACCAAAACCCUUCCUCGAGGACCCCUGCAAGGUGACCACAGUCUUGGACUGGCAUAGAUGACGGCUCUGGGCUUAGUUGCUGUAUCCCUUGCCUAUGCCAUGUUUGGUACUGCAAAUGUGUAGGAAGAGCAAGUUUUUCCUCUAGAGUUUUUUAAUUAAGAACUACGCAUUUGUGUUGUGUUUAUGAAAAUUCUAAUGGAAAAGAGCAUUUCUCUUAAACACUCCGGCCACCUUCCUGGGAUGUUCUCACAUUGGUGCAAAAGCGCUUUCCUCGAGUGAAUGGGAGUUAUGAUAGUUUAUAAUUUUAUCAUUUUUAAAAGGUUUAGAAGCUUUGAAAUGUAUGAGUACAUUGUAUUUAUUAUACGUAAUAAAAGUCAACAUGUAUGCAUUCAUAUGUUUAUCACAUGGAAAAUUAAAAGUAAAAGUAGAAA